AAAGAGAAUUCUCACGAUGAUGCAGUUAAGAUUCACUAGCCUUUUGGUAGGUUUAUUGCUAGCUUUGUGGGUUGCUCGUGGAGCCACUAGUAAAGUUCUUGCAGGCAAUGACCAGGCCCUUGGGAGUGUCAAUGAACUCGACGAUCGGAGCAAAACCAUUGUUUCCAUCCAGAGCAGAAAGCUAAAAGUAGGGAAGGUUGGUGAGUUGGAUGUAGCGCAAAAGGAAGCAAAAAAUGGAAUGAACACAGGUGCAAACCUUUCUAGUGUGAGGAAAUGCGAGCGUGGUGAGAAUAAGAGGGUUUUGAGUCUAGGGUGUGUUGUCAUGGGUAGUAAUAGGGGUCUGCGGCCUUUGGUUGGUCUCGUCGUUCCUUUCAGUUCUGACUACCGUGCACCCCAACGCCACCCACCAAAGCACAACUAGAGCAAGAAGCUCUAUAUAGUUUCAAGUUAAACAUUUCCUCUUAAUUUAUCUUGUUACAUGUUUAUUGUGCGUAGUGAUUUCCUACGUGUGGUAGGAGAGUAACCCU